AGGCCCAUGUGUCCCCUGAGGUGACGAGCGGCCCGCAGCUGUCCCCGUCCUUCCAGGGCCAGAGCAGGCGAAGGAGCAGUCGCUUCCUCCCGUUUUAUUUUUUUGCAACUGGCGGCAACUGUUCACUACCCGGACGGGGGAGGGUCGAAAGCUUUGUUUUCAAUCGCUUUCCUGCGAAGGUGGGAGGCAGGCCUUCAGCGCACCCGAGAGUUGCUCGGAGCCUCCUAGACACGAGCCACGGCCCCGGGGGCGGGGGGCGGCGGGCGGCGGCUGCGGUUUAUUUCUAAGAGAAUUGCAGGCGCCUCCCUAGGGACCCAGGCCAGUCUUGUCUUCUUAACGGGGCACAUCUCGUCAGACCUUCAAGUACUUUGUGCCAAAUCAUUACCACCUGCCACAUGAGUCCAAAUCAUGACGGAUGCCAAGUAUGUCCUCUGCAGAUGGGAAAAGCGAUUAUGGCCUGCAAAGGUUUUGGCCAGAACGGAGAUGUCAACAAAAAAUAAGAGAAAAAAGGAAUUUUUUCUAAGUGUUCAAAUACUCUCUCUAGAUGAAAAAAUCGAGGUGAAGAGCACAGAAGCGGAGACCCUGACGACGGCUCACAUCGAACGAAUUGCUUCCGCAUUGGCCUCCCAGAACGAGGCUCCUGCUGAACCCCUAGAGGAGCUGGCCUACAGACGCUCGCUGCGGGUGGCUCUGGACGUCCUGAGCGAGAGCGCUGCUCUGCCUCAAGAAAGCCUUUCACGGGAAGAAAGAACCGCUCUGUGUUCACGAGAGAAGCCCACGGAACUGGCCUCCUUGCUCUGUGACCCUGGCUCUCCUUGCCUCCAGGAGGCUGUGCCGAGCAGAUCUGGACCUGAGAGGAGGGAACGUGUCCACCCGAGGCUAUCAGGUUCCCCCGCUUGUAAAAAAGACCCCAAGUGCAAAGCGGACCACAAGAAGUUACUCGGAAAAAGCAGAAGCCCACGGGCCUUGGUAGCCCCGCCAGCCAUUGGUGGUUCUCAGGACGGGGGUGGGUCCAGAAUGUGCUGUGCGAGUUGGACGACCCCCGGUAAAAGGCGGAGAGGUUCAGCCCGGGAGCCCAGCAGGGGUCAGAGGGCGCCUCUGCUCUCACGGGGAGACGACGAGAAAAGCAGCCCUCGAGCCCCUGGCUCCCCGCCCAGAGUGAAGGAGGAGGGUCUGUGGGCCAAAGGACGAGAACCCAGUUUGCGUCUGCGUGGCCCCGCUCUACCCCCAGCCUGCCUGGAUGCCCAAGGCCACUCUGCCAAGCGGCUGUGCCCUGAUGGUGGCCGGAGGCCACCCACCACGCGACUGAAGCCUGGGGCAGUGGUGUCCCCCAGGCAGGGGCUCGGGAAACGCAUGACCCUGCGCAGCGCUGCCAGACUCCGCCUGCCUGCGCCCACGGAGGACAUCGGAGAUCUUCGAGUCCUGGUGAAGGAAGCCAAAGACCGUCGGUCUUCGGGAGAGUCUGUGGAGUUCGAGCCCGUUCCUUCCGUCCUGGAGGAGGAUGAGGACGACGAGGAGCCCCCCCGAAUCCUGCUGUAUCACGAGCCACGUUCGUUUGAAGUCGGAAUGCUCGUCUGGCUGAAACACCAGAAAUACCCCUUCUGGCCGGCAGUGGUCAAGAGCGUCCGGCGAAGAGAGAAGAAAGCCAGCGUGCUCUUCAUCGAGGGGCACAUGGACCCCAAAGGGAGAGGCAUCACGGUGUCCCUCCGGAGGUUGAAGCACUUCGACUGCAAAGAGAAGCAAGCGCUUCUGAACGAAGCCAAGGAGGACUUCGACCAGGCCAUCGGCUGGUGCGUCUCCCUCAUCACGGACUACAGGGUCCGGCUUGGCUGCGGCUCUUUUGCUGGCUCUUUCCUGGAGUAUUACGCGGCCGACAUAAGUUACCCCGUCCGCAAGUCCAUCCAGCAGGAUGUGUUGGGGACCAGGUUUCCCCAGCUAACCAAGGGGGACCCCGAGGAACCUGUGACGGGGACCCCCCAGGGAAGGAGGCGGCCAUGCAGGAAAGUGCUGCCUGACCGCUCGCGGGCUGCCCGGGACCGAGCCAACCAGAAGCUGGUGGAGUACAUCGUGAAGGCGAGGGGCGCCGAGGGCCACCUACGGGCCAUCCUGAGGAACAGGAAGCCGUCACGGUGGCUGACGACGUUCCUGCACUCAGGCCAGUACAUGACCUGUGUGGAGACGUACCUGGAAGAUGAGGAACAGCUGGACGUGGUGGUGAAGUACCUCCAGGGGGUCUACCAGGAGACGGGCAGCAGGGCGCUGGCGCGGGUGAAUGGCGACAGGAUCCGCUUCAUCCUGGACGUCCUUCUGCCUGAAGCCAUCAUCUGUGCGAUCGCUGCAGUGGAUGCCGUGGAUUACGAGACAGCCGAGGCGAAGUACCUCCGAGGACCUUCGCUCAGCUACCGGGAAAAAGAAAUGUUCGAUAACAAGCUCCUGGAAGAAAGGAGUCAGCGAUGCUGACGGGAGGGGCCGCAGGACGGGGGCCGAGUGUGCACUUCUCAUCUGUGGCUUCCGUUCUCCUGUCUGUCUGUGGAAGGUACAGUUCCUAAAAGGUUUUGAAAGCAAACGUUUUAUUUUACUUACUGUUAUUAUUCGUGACCAUGCUGUAGCGUUUAAUAUGAGGUGCACAUUUGUUUUCUGUGUUACAAAGCGUUGUAUCCGGUAUUAAAGACUUGUAACAAAGCCCA